ACCAUCUCUUACCAUGUCUGAAGUUUCCAGUAACAGCAGCAUCAAGACCGAUCCGUCGACGUUCUUGAGCGGUAUCAUUGGGUCCAAGGUGAGCGUCAAGCUCAAUAACGGCGUUUCCUACGUGGGAAACUUGCAGAGCAUCGAUGGCUUCAUGAACAUUGUAAUGGACACCACCGCCGAAUUUAUAGGAGGUGCCGCCAGUGGCACCAAGUACGGCGAUGUGUUCAUCAGAGGUAAUAACGUUUUAUACAUCAGUAAAGUAUGAGGUAGCUUACCUGCCUGGGUACGUAUGGCAUAGCCCAAGUGGCUACAUUUAGUCUAGCUUGUAAUAUACACAUUUUCUGAA